GAAUGCCCCGAAUUGUAGGCUGCACUUGCACACCAUUGUUUGAGCCGGUAGGUGGUGUUAUUUUUUUCUGCCUCCCCUCAGUCUCAAAAGUUUUAUAUGAUGCUGUCUGUCUGUUUGCGUUGAAUGAAGAUGGCGACCAGUUCAGAACGUAGUCCCCCACCCUUUCCCGAGGACCUGGAACCGGAGCCUGACGAAGUUGGAGACCAAGACAGUGAUGACGGAGAAGACAUUUUUCUUGGCACAGAUAACCCAUUGGAGAUAAAGAUGGACCCUUCGCUGUCUGUAAGUGACAUCACAAGUUCAACCAAACCACUGAGUGAAGCAUCUAGUCCUCCAGUGAUGGACCUCCUUAGUGAACCAGCAAGUGAGGCAUCUAGUGCGCCAAUGGUGGACCUCCUUAUGGAACCAGCAAGUGAGGGAUCUAGUGCUCCAAUGGUGGACAUCCUUAGUGAACCAGCAAGCGAGGCAUCUAGUGCGCCAAUGGUGGACCUCCUUAUGGAACCAGCAAGCGAGGGAUCUAGUGCUCCAAUGGUGGACCUCCUUAUGGAACCAGCAAGCGAGGCAUCUAGUGCUCCAAUGAUGAACCUCCUUAUGGAACCAGCAAGCGAGGCAUCUAGUGCUCCAAUGAUGAAUCUCCUUAUGGAACCAGCAAGUGACGACUUAAAGGAGCCUCCCAAACCUGACAUCGACCCAUUGGCUGACAUUAUCAACGACACUCCACUCAGUGAAGGCAAAACACCGGUUGCUGCGAUGCCCCAGGAGCCACCGAGCGACCUCUUUGACGAUGAGCCUAGCGAACUUUUCGCUGAACCACGACAAAGUAACACCGCCAAGCAACAACAAACUAGCAUCUUUGACGAACCUGAUGAGGACCUCUUCAGCGAACCACUGGGUGAGGCCUCGAAGAAACCCCAGAAUGAUUUCUUCAAAGAAGCACUUGCACCAGUGGCCAAAGCUAGCAAUGUCUGCGGUCCUCUGAGUGACAACUACAAUGAGCACCCCACUGAUAUAUUCACUGAGGAGGCUAUCACUACUCUCCCUAGUGCAGUCAGUACUGUUUCCGUCAACUCCAAGACCAACGGAGUCCACUCCGAUGAGGAGGAACCUGAUAUAUUUGCAGAAGCCACCGUAGAGCUGUCUCUGGACAGCCCUAGGAAUGACAGAAAAAAGAAAGAGGCAGCCAAGCCCUCUGCGUCUGCGUCUGCCCCUGCUCCCUCAGUCUCAGCAAGUGCUUCCAAACCGCAACCCAAGACCCUGGAGGAGGUACAGUACAUUACAUUGGAAGAGGAGGUUGAGGAUAAAUUUGAGCUGAAUAUCUCAAUAACCAAUCCAGAGAAAGUUGGGGAUGGCAUGAACGCUUACAUGGCCUACAAAGUCUCCACACAGACCACGCUGCCCAUGUUCCGCAGUAAGACGUUCACAGUGCGCCGGCGUUUCAGUGACUUCUUAGGCCUUUACGAGAAGCUCUCGGAUAAACACACACUGAACGGCUACAUUGUGCCCCCGCCGCCUGAGAAGAGCAUUAUGGGCAUGACUAAAGUCAAAGUGGGAAAAGAGGACAACUCGUCGGCUGAGUUUGUGGAGAGGAGGAGGGCGGCUCUGGAGAGGUAUCUGCAGAGAGUGGUGUUCCACCCAUCACUGCUACAAGACCCUGAUGUCAGAGAAUUCUUGGAGAGAGACGAUAUGCCCAGGGCUCACAACACCCAGGCUCUGAGCGGCGCCGGCUUCCUGAAGAUGAUCAACAGGGCUACAGACUCCCUCAGCAAGAUGACCAUCAAAAUGAAUGAGUCGGACGUGUGGUUCGAGGAGAAACUGCAGGAAGUGGAGGCUGAGGACCAGCAGCUGAGGAAGCUCCACAUCAUGGUGGACUCUCUGGUUGGACACAGGAAAGGUACGGUACAAUGGAAUACAAGUGUUUUAUCGGACAGACUCAGACAAACACACAAGGCUAUAAGCAGUGCAUGGCCACCUAUUGUGUGUGUGGAAUGGAAAUAUGUCUUCUUGCUGUCCCUUUUUCCCACCAAACUACACACACACACAAUGGGCUUUAAGCGGCACAUGCUUAACUCCCCCGCUCUACUUCCCCCAGAGUUGUCGGUAAACACGGGUGGCUUUGCCAAGAGCGUGGCGAUGCUGGGCAGCUCGGAGGACAACACGGCCCUGUCCAGAGCCCUCUCCCAGCUGGCCGAGGUGGAGGACAAGAUGGAGCAGCUGCACCAAGAGCAGGCAGCCAGCGACUCGUUCUGCUUCGCCGAGCUGCUCGCCGACUACAUCCGCCUGCUGGGAUCUGUCCGGGCCUCCUUUGACCAGCGGAUGAAGACGUGGCAGCGCUGGCAGGAUGCUCAGAACAUGCUGCAGAAAAAGAGGGAGACAGAGGCCAAGCUGCUGUGGGCCAACAAACCUGACAAGCUGCAGCAGGCCAAGGAUGACAUCACUGAGUGGGAGGCCAAGGUGACUCAGUAUGAGAGAGACUUUGACAGAGUGUCAGCUACAGUUCGCAAGGAGGUGCUCAGGUUUGAGAAAGAGAAGGCCCGCGAUUUCAAGAAACAGAUCAUCAAAUACCUGGAGUCUCUGCUACAGUCGCAGCAACAGCUGAUAAAGUACUGGGAGGCAUUCUUGCCAGAGGCAAAAGCGAUUGCGUGAUGGAGUCCGCCAGCCAAUGGAAAGAAAGAAGAGGAGGCGGCCUUUUUUUAUACACUUUACCUCUCGCCUAUAAACCAAGAAAAUAACCAGAGAGUGCGCUGCAAAUGGAAAUUUGAUUCGUUUUUUAAAAUCAUCCUAAACCUAUAGCGCUUCAUUCUAACUGUUGUAUUAAUAAUUGUAUAUUUUCAUUUAACCUUCCACAUAUAUUUUCUAAAUGGUGAAAACAAACUUUAGCUCUUUUGUGAUGGUAUGGAUGUGUGUGAGGGCUGGGUGUCCAACUUGCGUAUGCAAUGUUAAUGAUUCCAUUAGUUUCCACUUCAGAACAGGAGAAAUCAUUGUUCUCAGUGCAACAUCCUUAUAUUAACAAUAGGAGAUUUUUUACACAUUAGCAUUGUUAAUAAUUCACAACAGAGUGCCCAUCACACACAUGACACACGAGGCAGAGUUUCUGGGGCUUUCAAGGGGAUCUAGUUGAAUUAAAUGCCCAAUUCCAAAUCAAACACCAGCACCCUACUCCCCAUGCACUUCUUAAGAAUCAAGAUAAAGGAUUGGGUAUAAGUAAGCAAUAAUAACACAGAACAUCCACCUAGUCUUUCAAAAGGCUUGGCAUUGUUGCUAUUGUGGCUGGGGGUCCAUUUUGAAUUGAGUCAAAGACACAUGUGGAUCCACAUUCAGCCUGUAUAAUUUGGGAGGAUCUUGAGAUGUUUAAAUUUCUACAUUUUGAAUCAAACUUUUUUUUUUUAUUAUUAUACAUGAUCGGUUCAAUCACUGUGGACAUGACAUCAACCCUCCAAAAUAAAAGUCAAGAAAAUAAGAACCAAGGUUGAUAAGUGUGACAAAUAAUGUAAAACGUUUAAACCAAGUCAGUAACUGUUAAAAGUACUGCUGGUCCACAUGGAAAGCACGUUAAUUUCAAUGGAAGCUGUCAUUAUAUAACAGUUACUGCAGAUUGUGAUUAAUUUGGAUGAAUGGCAUCGGAUUUGGGGGGAAAAUGAAACCGUUUCAGGGAAAUACUCCUACAUCAAAAGGGCAAUCAAAUCUUCCCAACGUGCAUUGUAGUUUUCACUUUGCAUGAGGAACCACAUCCAUUAAAAUGAUCACUUACCUAUAUUCUUUGUGGAACAGAGUUGUUACAGGUUGUUACUUUCCCAGAAUGAAAGGUCUUUAAUUCAGUAGACUAGCUAGUAAUACAAUUGGGUUGGUCAUUCUGAUUGAGUGAAACUUCCUGGACCUUGGGCAAACAGUUGAUCAUGAUUUAAUGGCUCAUAUUAGCGCCAUGUUUAAGCUAUAUACAUAUGACUAAGUCUAUUUUUCAGUGCUUGUCAAUUAGUGUAAGAACAUGGACCUCGAGACGCUUGGGUCAAACAACACCUGUUAAGAUUAAAGAUGCCCAAAUCAUAAUUGUAGUAAUCAAGAGAAACAAGCAAGACUCAAAUGUAUGAGAUUUUGGGAUGUAAACCAUCCACCUGGGAGGAUGCUAAAGACUGAUUGUUUAGCAACAAAAUGACGCGUGCGCAGCUAUGGUGCAAAACAGAUGGGGUUGGCUUAGAUUGUUGACAUGUGAACUUUAUUUUGUCUUCAAUGUUUAUUGAAAACGAAUGAGCACUCAAAUCCAUCGUUAGUUGUUGGUUAGCUAUCUUGCAUAUACGUAACGUCAAAAUACCUCAAGACAUGGUAUCAAGAACAAGAUGAAACGAGCCACCUGCAAUUCUCCACAAGCCCCAUUUGAAGCGUGCGCAUCGUUUGACGUGAGCUAACCCUUCUAUAGUGCAAUUCAAAUGAUUCUUCUAACGUGUUGGGAUGCAUUUUAUUUUAGAGCAUACAAUAUACCGGGAGAAGUUUCUUCUAUAUCUGUUUAUGUAAGCCAUAGGCCAAUACACACACGUUUCUUCCAUCGUUGUAUUGUCACUUUAAGGGGAGAGACAGAUCAUUGGUUAAGGCAGAUAUAAAUUAAUCAACGUUAUACUUUUACAUAAAAGGCUACUAAUUUCCAACACUCAAUGCUGCUGUCAAAUAAAUUAUAAUUUUGUUAUGACAGCCCAAUUAAUCGAUCCCACUUCUAACAUACAUUUCUCUAUUUUGGAUUAGCAUUUUUUUUUUCUUUCUUAAACUCAAUUGCGGUAAUGCCUACACAACAGAUGAUACCUAAUGGGGACGUUUAAUUCUCGUUGGCAGCUCAGACACCAGAGUUUUUUUUUUUUUGAACUGCCGUAAAUUAUGGGAACUAAAGUUGUUUGAAGAAAAAUUUAAAAAGUCGUCAAAUUACCCGUUAUUUAUAUGCCCCCUCCAUGUGCAAUACUAAUAAAAUGCUACUGUAUUCCGGA